CGCAUGGAAUCGAUCCGUGUGUUUUGGAACGUGAACAUAAAUUUUGUUUUCGAAAUUGAAAUUCAUUCUAUUUUUGUUUUUAUUUUUAUUACUUUAAAUAAUGACCAAUAUUGAAAAGGUGAAAAAUAUUUUAUCACGUCAUAGAAUCAGUGAAAAAAAUGCAUCGAAAAUUGAUGCUUGGAUCGAUUCAUUUCGAUCUCGAUUAUCACUGCUUGAAGAUUUACCUGCACAGGAAUUGAAUCCGAAUCUACUCACUAAUGUGAAAUGUCCUAUUAACGAACAAUUGUUAGAGAAAUGUGAAGCUUCUUUCCUGUUUCAAUCUCCAAUCGCUGUUCAUGUUGUUGGAAGUUAUGUAUUGAAAUGUAAUAGCCGAAAUAAUGAUGAGCAUUUUGAAAUUGAUCUUCUUUUGGAAAUUCCGAAUUCAUGUUGGCAAAAAAAAGAUCACAUGAAUUUUGUUUAUCAUCAUAAACGAGCCUUUUAUCUUGCUUAUAUUGCCCAACAUUUGACCUAUUGCAAUCAUCUUGUCCUGGGCCUUCAAUUCAUGUGUUUUUCAAUGGUGAUCAUCUUAAUCCUUGUAUUCAUAUAAUACCUACCGGA